AUGGCCGCCAAUCUCGUCCAGAUCGGAGGUAGCUGCAGGGUCUGGCACGCUCUCGCACCUCGAAGCGAUCAGGAACGAGACAUUGGGGGCUCAUCAGUCAGAGGGUUCCAUAUAGAGAUUAUCGAUGCCACAACGCCUGAAGAAAUUGAUGCCAAAACUUAUCCCUAUAACUGGAAUUACGAUCACAGACCAGUUGAGUACGCGGCUCGACGUUCGCACCUCAACGUUAUGCAACGUAUCCUAAAAGAACGCCUCGCAAGUGCGAUCAUCAUGGAAGACGACGCAGAUUGGGAUGUAUCCAUCAAAUCUCAGCUUCAGAGCUUUGCGAUCGCCGUACGCGCUCUCCAAGGUGCGGCCGAUGAAACCACUGGAAGCUCAAGCUCACCCUACGGCGACGAUUGGGACAUCCUCUGGCUCGGGCACUGUGGUAUCGAGUGCAGCACCGACCGUCCAUACUACCUCACGCCCGCUGACCCUACGGUUCCGCCACCGGGCCAUUUUCUGCCUUACUGGCGCGACCCUCCACCACUAGCAAGACCAGACGAUGCCCGCAUGACAUGUCCCAUCACCGAUGGUGUCUGCUCCAUCGUCUACGCCGUGAGCUUUCGCGGUGCGCAGCGCAUACUUGCCGCCCUCUCAGUCAACCCCUCCGGACUUGCAGAGCAGAUCGACAUCGGCGCGCAGUUUGACGUCUCACUAGGCCGGAUGUGUGGCUCCGGAUACUUGCGCUGUUUUGCGCCGUACCCAUCUUUGACGGGCGGAUAUAAAUCUGCUGGUCCGGCGGCAAAGGGUUCUGAUAUCAAUGGGCCCGAUGAUGCAAUGGAGUCCUCCAACGAAGAGUUGAGGCAGGGGCCAUUCAGUCACGGGGUAAUGUACAGCACUAUGUUGAAUGUGAAUCAGCUCUUAGCUGGAAAGCAAAUGGUUCUCGCUACCUGGGAUGAUGUGCCAAUCAAGGAGAUUGAUCCAGCAGAGGUCGGUGUGCUAGAAGGAUCUGUACAGAUGCCGAAAAAUAGCCCUUGAAAAGAACGAGAUGUAUAUGACGUGUAUAUCAACAUUAUGACCGAUUUUAUCAUGA